AUGGUGCGUCUAUACGUGAAGGCAAGUUUGCCAUUCGUUUGGCUGACUCCGCUGGAAAUGCUGUUUGUUACAUCCGACUAUGCAUAUUGCCGGUGGCCAGCAUGCGAGGAUGACGGAGCUUGGGAAUAUUUAACAGAGCAACACUUGAUCGCUCUGCCCACUGCAUUCUGUCUCCCAAUCUCGGGACUUGCAGACAUUGAAUCUUCCCGGAAAUUCCUGGAUGGCGCCUUUCUCUAUGGUGGAGUGCGUCGAGAUUUCCCAAAGUAUUUUCCUCCUCGCACCUGCAGCAUUUCAACAGAAUUAUGGACAUUCAUCGGUGCUUGGGUAUGGGGAGCAGUGUUGGUGUCUCGUGGAGAGGCGAGUGAGAAGGGGCCACUGGGAGGUUGCGCUCUCCGCGGUUUUGGGUUGGUGGAAGAGGCCUAUCGCGUUGACACCGACUGGCGGAGUGUCUGUUUCGGCGACGAAGUGGGUCAUCACCGCUGCUGUGGUACAGCCUUCGUCUCUGAGGCUAACUGCCCCAGUUUACUGGCUACCGCACUGUCGCUCAGCCUUUUCUGGCUGAGUCUUUCGCCUGUGCAAGCCUGUACAAUGGACCCAAUUGCCGGUAAUUUUAAAGUCCAAACUACGUAG